AUGUGGAAGUCAGAGUCCCCCAAGAAGCCUGAGCAGCCUCGAAAGCUCUUUAUUGGAGGCCUGAGCCUGCAGACGACGGAUGAGAGUCUGAGGAGCUAUUUUGCACAAUGGGGCACGCUUACAGACUGUGUGGUAAUAAGGGAUCCAAAUAGCAGACGUUCCAGGGGCUUUGGUUUUGUGACCUAUGCCACAGUGGAAGAGGUAGAUGCAGUGAUGAGUGCAAGACCUCACAAAGUUGAUGGCAGAGUUGUUGAACCAAAGAGAGCUGUUUCCAGAGAGGACUCUCAAAAGCCAGGUGCCCACUUAACUGUGAAAAAGAUCUUUGUGAGUGGCAUUAAGGAAGACACUGAGGAACAUCACCUAAGAGACUACUUCGAGCAGUAUGGAAAGAUUGAAGUUAUUGAAAUCAUGACUGACCGAGGAAGUGGCCAAAAGAGGGGCUUUGCUUUUGUUACUUUUGAUGACCAUGAUUCUGUGGAUAAGAUUGUUGUUCAAAAAUACCAUUCUGUGAAUGGCCACAACUGUGAAGUAAGGAAAGCCCUGUCUAAACGAGAAAUGGCCAGUGCUUCAUCUAGUCAAAGAGGUCAAAGUGGUUCUAGAGGCUUUGGUGGUGGCCGUGGAGGUGGCUUUGGUGGAAAUGAUAACUUUUGCCAUGGUGGAAACUUCAGUGGUCUUGGUGGUUUUGGUGGCAGUCAUGGUGGUGGAGGAUAUAGUAGAAAUGGAAAUGGCUACAAUGGAUUUGGAAAUGAUGGAAGCAACUUUGGAGGUGAUAGAAGCUACAAUAAUUUUGGCAACUACAACAAUGAAUCUUCAAACUUUGGUCCCUUGAAGGGAGGAAACUUUAGAGGCAGGAGCUUGGGCCCUUACGAUGGAGGCCAAUAUUUUGCCAAACCAUGUAACCAAGGUGGCUAUGAUGGUUUCGGGAGUAGCAGUAGUUAUGGCAGUGGCACAAGAUUUUAA